AUGACAGAAAUGAUGUCUGACCUGCAGAACAAGGUGGGCUCCUGCUGCAAUUGCUCCACCUUCAAGAAGGAUGGACAGGAAGUAACGGGCCUUUGUGCUGCCUUCGGAGAUCCGCACUACAUCACCUUCGACGGUGCCCAGACGACCUUCGUGGGUGACAUGGUGCAGUGGAUGGUCAAAUCCAACUCUGUUUGGCUUCAGGCCCUGUCCAAGGGAAGUCAGGGCCGGAUGAUGGGCUUCGCGGCUGGUGGCCCCUUCCUUUUCGGACACACCCUGGUCGUCUGGAAGGAGGAUUACAACCAGCCGCUGAAAGUCAGUUGGGAUGGCGAGCUGAUCCUCCAGGACGAUGUCAGCGAGUUCCACUUCGAGCAGCAGCCAGGUGUGCUGGAUGCAUAUCGGCGCCAGUCUUGGGACGCCGACGUGUUCGAUGAUCGAGUUCUUAGCCUGCGAACUCACAUGCAGUUUGCGGUUGGCACCUUUCCUGAGCGAUUCGUGACGCUGCCUGAAACUGGAAUUUACAUGUUCAAACUGCCCAGGAACAUUGCUGUAUCGCUGACGGGAGUCGAUUUCAUGUCCGUGGUGGUGUCCAUGCCACCAGAGGCAGGGCAAGGCGGCUACUGUGGAGAUUUUAACGGUGACCCCGAUGACGAUGCGGAACCCAUCGUGCCUUCCUGGGACCGUCCAAUCGGUCGCUUCUUGGGCCCAGUGCCUAAGGCUAUGAGCCUUUUCCCAGAAGACCUGACAGUCGCUCUACUCGGAGAUUCGGCUAAAGAGCACAGUCGCAUGAGCGAGGCAGAGGCGGUGGCUGCAAAGAUCAAGAGUGUCAAAGAAUGCCCUCAGCCUCUUCUAGCCAAGGCGGAGGCAGCGUGCAACGGAUUGCAGGCCUCCUUUCACAAGUUUUGUGUCUUCGACGUUUGCAUGACCAAAGACCUCGGCGCCGCUGGCUCUGUCGGUGCGGCUGCUGUGGUGGAGCACAAGGUGAAUGCCAGAGGUGUUCCUGUCUUCAUGGGACACGGCCGCUGUUUGGACAAAGAUGGCCAUGGCUUCAUGAGCUUCGCAACAAAGCUCCGUACAGACACCGCCUGUCAGCAGCUUCUCCGUACCCUGGCACUCACGGACGGCGUCAUGGGAGCACAGCUGAAGCGUGGUGGGCACUGCGAGGUUUUGACAACAAAGAAUGUUGACCCCACAAGCACGGCCAUUCCUGGUGGCUGGGGCAUGCCGGACCCUCCCAGCGAGGACGUUUGGCAGCAGAUCUCCGCUUUGCCGGUGCAGCACUUGUCAGCGCAGGCGGAUGUUCACGCGCAGGCCGUCUCCCCAAAGCUGGGAGAUUCAGAAGGGCUCAUCGCAGACACUACAGAAGACGGCUCGUACAACUGCUGGCAGUUGAACUGA